CUGCAGGUGGAAGAGGUGGAGAGGGGCCCCCACUUGCUCUGGCCCAGGGCCCCACAAAACCGUAAUCCAUCUGUGUUUGCAAUACAGGUGAGUGUCGUACAUUUGAGGCUUUCAUUGUGCAAAACUCUUAUCAUAGUGCUUAUAGUGUUGAAUGUAAACUCCCUAGCGAAAAUAUCCAAUAUUACUUAGAAUUUUUGAGCACCUUAAGAUUCAAAAGCAUUUAGGAAAUGCUUCAGCCUUCUUUUUUUUUUUUUGGUUAUCAUUGGGCCAAAUUCUGCUAUCUCUUAUACUGGUGUAAGUCUGGAAUAACUCCUCUAAAGUAAAUGGGAAUUGUUCUGAAUUGAUGUUUUUGCAACUGAGAGUAGAAUUAGGGCCAUUAUUUUUAAGUGUUAAUCAACUAAUGUGAAACACAGGUCUGCAGAUGUUGCUACUGUUCAUGUCACUUUGUUUAUUUUUUCUUUUUCCCCAGGACUGGCUGUAUUGUAAUACUUUGAAAAAAGUUACUGUCAUUGAUCCCAAAUCAUGAAUUCAUCCCCCCUCUGGAGUCCACAGAAUGUGCAGUAUUGCUUUGACUUUGUUAACAAUUCAUGUCCUAGAAAUGUAAGGUCUACAAUCAGUCUUUGGGCUAUGUACAGCUUCAUGGUGGGAGCAAUAGUGCUCACAAUGGGUGGAAAUAUGCUUGUGAUCAUUUCCAUCGCUCAUUUCAAACAGCUUCACUCUCCAACCAACUUCCUGAUCUGCUCCAUGGCAACUACAGACUUUUUGCUUAGUUUCAUGGUUAUGCCCUACAGUAUGAUCAGGUCUGUUGAGUCAUGCUGGUAUUUUGGAGACCUCUUCUGCAAACUCCAUACUUGUUGUGAUAUAAUGCUCUGUACCACCUCUAUUUUCCAUCUGUGUUUUAUCUCUGUUGACCGUUACUACGCGGUAUGUGACCCACUGCGUUAUGUUACCAAAAUAACUGUCCCUGUGAUAGGACUGUUUUUACUAAUUAGCUGGUCUGUCCCAUUCUUAUUGGCUUUUGGCCUAGUUUUCUCAGAGUUGAAUAUUAAGGGCAUUGAAGUAUAUGUUGCUUCAAUUGACUGCUGUGGUUUCUGUACACUCAUAUUUAACAAGCUUUGGGGAGUGAUGGUUUCGCUGAUAGCCUUCUUUUUCCCAGGCACAGUGAUGGUGGGGAUUUAUGUCCACAUAUUUACAGUGGCAAGAAAACAUGCAAGACAAAUUGCUAAAAUCCACAGUGCAAUAAUAUGUGUCUCUGUAACGACAAACAAAAUCUCCACAAAAAAAGAGAGCAAAGCAACUAAAACUUUAAGUAUAGUCAUGGGGGUGUUUCUUUUUUGCUGGCUGCCUUUCUUUAUUCUUACAAUAGCUGAUCCUUUUAUUAACUUCUCAACACCUGAAGACUUGUACAAUGCCUUCCUCUGGCUGGGCUACUUCAAUUCGACUUGUAAUCCAAUCAUUUAUGGUUUAUUUUAUUCUUGGUUUCGCAAAGCAUUUAAAAUGAUUGUGACUGGUACAAUCUUCAGAUCAUAUUCCUCUACUUUUACUUUGUUUCCUGCAUACACUUAA